CAGGGUAACGCAGCACCGUAGAAGAAGAAGACGAGCGGAAGUGGCUCCGCAGCGGAUCCUUCAAAACCUCGACUACAAUGCCUUUGUCCACACAAUCUCAGGGAGAUGAUGAACAAUAUGUUUUAGUAGCCACUUUGGAUAACGCUCGCAAUCUGUCCAAUAUCCUGAAAGCCAUCACUUUUAAGGACCAUGCUAUCUUCACAGUCACACCCAACGGUUUGAAGGUCACCGUGGAGGACUCAAAAUGUCUUCAGGCCAAUGUCUUCAUCCAGGCAGAAAUCUUUCAAGAGUUCACCAUAAAGGAAGAUUUAGUGGUUUUUCAGCUCAAUCUCACAGUUCUGCUUGACUGCCUCAAUAUUUUUGGAGGAAGCCCAAUAGCAGGAGCACCAACAGCCUUGCGGAUGUGCUACAGGGGAUAUGGUUACCCUCUGACGCUCUUCCUCGAGGAGGGUGGUGUAGUGACUGGUUGCAAGAUUAACACUCAAGAGCCAGAAGAACUGAUUGAUUUUGAAUUCUGCAGCACCAAUGUCACAAACAAGGUGAUCCUGCAGUCAGACAGCCUGAAGGAAGCCUUUUCUGAACUGGACAUGACCAGUGAGGUGCUACAGAUCACCAUGUCACCCACCCAGCCCUUCUUCAGGUUGUCUACGUUCGGGAACUCUGGAAAUGCCCAUUAUGAUUAUUCCAAAGACUCGGACAUGAUGGAACUGUUCAAGUGCACCAAGACACAAAUGAACAGAUAUAAGAUGUCCCUCUUGAAACCAUCAACCAAAGCUUUGGCUUUAUCCUGUAAAGUCUCUGUGAGGACAGACAACAGGGGCUUCCUCUCCCUGCAGUACCUGGUCAGGAACGAUGAUGGACAGAUCUGCUUUGUGGAAUAUUAUUGCUGUCCCGAUAAGGACGUGGAAGAGGAAUGAUGAUUCAUUUGGGUUUGACAUCAAAUAAGCACUUUCGCUUCCAUGGGGACAAUUUCUUUCUAUAAAAGAAAUGAGAAGGGAACAUCUGCCAGAUGAUGCUGCAGGCUAGAAAAUAAGCUGGGGCUUCAUUUAUCAGACAGGCAAGACUGAUAGUCUUAACCUGUAGGCAAGUUGCUUUUCGUGCUGGUAAUGUGGGCUAUUGCAGUUUGGAAAACACGAGCAACUACAUUUGAGGUGAACUCCACCUUUGCUUUAUGAACUGUUUAGAGAGGAAUUGUGAUGAAUUCAUUACAAAAUCUCAGGUAUUCUAUGGUGGUUCUUUUUUCAUUCCUUUUUUAAGUCAGCAACGACAUUGUGAGAUUCAGGUCUGUCAGAAUCCACUUUGCUUUAGCACCAAAAUGUAAAUGGUUGAUAGUUCCAUAGUGGCGACAGUACAUGUUUGUUACAGAACUUUGUUUUUCAAUAUAAAUACAAAGACAUGUACCAUCAUCUUACACAGCCUUUGGUUCCUUAUAAACAUCACAUGAAACCGAUAUUAAAUUGGGAUCAUUUUAUUUUUGAACAUACAAAACAACUGUAACCAAAGUGAAGUUUUUACAUGGAUCACAAGAAGGGUAAAUAAAGUUGAAGUAUUGCAAAAUGAAAAGAAUUCUUUUUCAUGAGAAUUGAAACUGUCAUUCCACAGGUAAUGGCAACAGACACCUCACAAAACAUGU